AAGUAGGAUGUUUGACCCUUACGUGCACCCGUAGCAGGCUGGCCUGGUCCUCUCAAUCCCAGAUGCUUAGUGGAGUGUCUGUAAUAAGUCUGGCUGGCUGGGCUGCUGCCACAUAGACAGGGGGGAGGUUGUGCUGGGAGGCUGGGAGUAUCCACUAGUGCUCAGGAAGCCGAGGCCCGUGCUCACAUUUCUUCCAUUGUAGAUGAUAACUUUCUGACAGCACAAACUUCUAAAUCAAUCUUUAUGUCAUGCAUGUUAUAAAUCUGUUAUGGGUCUACAUAUAUUUGCAUGCAUAGAGUUUAUAUUGGAGUAAAAGUAAAUUUAUGUCUAUAGUUACUUGUUAGAUAACAUUCGUAUAAUGUCUAAUGAAGUAAAGCAGAGGAAGAAAGGGGGCGCUUCCACCACCGCCAAGGAGGUGAAGGAUACUCAGCGGAGUGGCACUGCUAUUGGACAACGGAAUGGUCAGCGGGCUGGCACCACCCCGGGACAACAGGAAGGUCAGCGGAGUGGCACCCCUUCAGGACAGCAGGAAGGUCAGCGGAGUGGCACUGCCCCAGUACGGCGGGCACAGGGUGAGCAGCCAGGGAAGGUCGUGGUGGAUUCCUCUGCCCAUGGAAGCAGAUCCCAGUGUUCAGACAUCAGGACGGUGCUUUGCUCCCUGUGUUUGGCGAUUUGUGUGGCGUUGAUAUGGACUGUAUUUCAGCAUUCACAAAACUUUGCUGUUCUUGAACAGAAGUAUCAGGCUCUGCAGUCCCGGUCUUCAGCACUAGAGGAGCUGGAAAGUAAAGUUGGGCACAUUAUUGGGAAGCUCGUGUCUACAGAUGAUAUCUCGGCAGAAGCCAUUGCAUCACACUCCAUAGUGACAAACUUGCAGAAACAAGUGUCUACGCUCUAUAGUGACAUGGACCGCAUCCAAGUCAAUGAGCAGGCAGUCUCUGAGAAGAUGCAGAAUGUCAACCUGAAGCUACAAAACGUCACCAAUUCUUGGAAAGGAAGCCUCGAUAAGAUGAAUCUGGAGACCAACUCGGCCAAGUCAGAGGCAAAAUCAUUUCACCACCAAAUGACUUUAAAGAUUAAUGCUGCUGACCAAACACUGAAACUUAUCUCUGAGAAACUUAAAGAGUUUGAAGAAAGUACGCCAAGAAAUUUCAGAACCGUGAAAAGACAGGAGGACGAUGACCUUCAGCGUAUCACUGAGGUCCUGGACUAUGAUGCCAAAGCUAUCGAGGAACUGGAAAAGCAAGAGAACGAUUUGACCAAUAUGAACCAAGAGGUGCAACAGAACUUGAUGAAGUUUCAGCCAAAGUUGGCUGAGUGCAUGACGAAUUUGCCAACCAUUGACAAUGCUGUUCGCACUCUUCUUAAGGUCUCAAAUGAGAUGCUUGACCUAGACAAAAAGAUAAAUGAGUUGACCGUGCAGGUGUUUAGUACCGAGGACAAUCUACUGAAAAUCAUCACCGAGACUUUGGAAAUCCAGCAAGCUCUGGAAGGGAUGCAGUAUGAUAAUAGUAUUCUAAAAAUGCAGAAUGAAAUCUCCUCUUUGAAGGACAAAGUGCAGAUUUUAUCUGCAAAUAAAGACCAUUCUCUGUCAGAAAAGGAGGAGUCUGAUGAAGGUUGAAAUUAAUCUCAUGGAACCAGUUGUGUCUGGUAAUCAAGGAUGAUGCCACCAUACUUUUAUUCAAAUGAUCAUUUAGUCCACCAGUUUGUCACUCCUAAAUGACAAUGAGUUCUGUCUACCUAUACAUAGCAUGUCCACUUUAACAGAAGCUGUACCAUUUUAUCCUGAUCAAUUUGUACCAAUAGCCUUGCCCAUUGACAGAAUGCCACAAGGGAGCAUAACCAUAUUAUAUGUUAUGUGAGCAUUGUACUGGAAAUAUUGCACACUGGCUUUUAGCUAUUGUGUUUUAUUCAUUAUCCUCUUCUGUUACACACAGUAUUAUUUUACUUCCACUGUUCCAUUACAGUCUUAGGAUGAACUUAAAUUGUUCCUCUGUCAAAUGACCUGUCUAUUUUAUAGUAGAGAUGCGAGGGGAGGAUGCCAAGUGGGAUCCCAUAAUCUGUUUUCGGGACCCUCUGAUUCUCAGAUUUGCAGACUAAUGGGGUUCCACUGGUUUAAAGAGUAAUUGUCCUAAAAAUGAAAAUAAAAUGUGGGAUCAGAGGUCCACAGUACACAUUUCAAAAUAAUUAAAAGUUUGACUUCA